AUGCGACUGCUGGCCUUAUUGUUGUUCGUAGUUGUGGGGUCCACCACAGCUUUGGUGGAGGUUGGCACUCCUAGAGGCUACCAUGAGGAAGUGGGGAUUUCUCUCGCGUCAAAAAUAAAAGCAUCGGAGGACGCAAUAAUAAGCAAACAAAGCAGAAUCGUUGGUGGUGUCAUCGCUCCUCUAAAUAAACAUCCUUUUUUGGCCGGGCUCCUGAUCAAUUUCUGGAAUAUAGCUGGUACUUCGGCGUGCGGAGCAUCGCUCCUCACCCCUGAUCGUCUGUUGACCGCCGCCCAUUGCUGGUUCGACGGUGUCAACCAGGCGUCUCAGUUCACCGUGGUGCUGGGAUCGCACUUCUUGUUCUCGGGUGGCCAACGCAUACUCACCAGGCAGGUCGUUCCGCAUCCUCAAUGGACGCCCAGCCGUCUUGCCAACGAUGUCGCCAUGAUCUAUCUACCUGUCCAGGUCACGUUUACCUCUAGCAUCCAGCCAAUUACCAUACCCGACUGGCAUGAAUUGGGAGAUCUCUUCGUUGGAAACUGGGCAACUGCUGCAGGUUACGGCCUUACCAGCGACCAGCAAACCGGCGUAUCCUCUCAAACAUCCGUGAGUCAGGUGAACCUGCAGGUGAUCACAGAAGCGCAGUGUCGUGCAGUGUACGGGGCUAACUUCAUACUGCCCAGCACGUUGUGUACAAACGGAGCGGGCGGCGUGGGCGUCUGCCGCGGAGACUCCGGUGGACCGCUCUUCAUCAACAGAGGCGGACGCAGAGUUUUGAUUGGUGUCAGUUCGUUCGUGGCCCAAAACGGGUGCCAGCUCGGUUACCCAUCAGCCUUUGCUCGCGUUACCAGCUUCUACUCUUUCAUCACGCAGCACAUGUGCCCAUUACUUUCUCCAUUAAAGGGCAUAUGCCUUCCUUAUGGAUGGAUUGGAGAGAUUCCACGCGGGCCCAGUGCGGAUUGGCGGGUGCUAACGACUGCGGAUGCAGUCGGGACCAAUGGCUUAACGUGCCUUCGUGCCUCCCUUAAACAAACACUCCUCGCAUUUAAUAUUUAUCUAUGA